ACAUCUCCUUCGUCUUACCUGUUCUUUUAAGAUUCUGAUUUUCCCUUUAAACUGCUUUAAUUUAAAGCCGUCAUGUCUUUCUCACAAGUCUCUGUCAAGAAGCACCAUAGUGGUAGCGGUGGUGGUGGAAGAGGGGGUUUUAGCGCUUGCUCACUUGGAGCAAUUGGAGGAGGAUCUCGGUCUGGAGGUAGCUAUGGGUCACGCAGUGUCUAUAACCUUGGUGGAAAAUCUAGAACUUCCAUAAGUGCAGCCAGUACUCGAAGUAUGGCAGGAGGACUUGGUAGUGCUGCUGGUGGAGGAUUUGGUAGCGCUGCUGGUGGAGGAUUUGGUAGUGCUGCUGGUGGAGGAUUUGGUGGUGGUGCUGGUGGAGGAUUUGGUGGUGGCUUUGGAGGAGGACAUGGUGGUGGUGCAGGGGGCAUGGGUGGCAUGGGAGGCCCAGGAUUUGAUGGAGGGGAUAUGGGAUUCCCUGUUUGCCCACCUGGUGGAAUUCAGCAGGUUACUAUCAAUACACAACUUCUGCAGCCACUUAAUCUGACUAUUGAUCCAAACGUCCAGAAAGUAAAAACAGAGGAAAGAGAACAAAUUAAAACUCUCAACAACAAGUUUGCAGCUUACAUUGACAAGGUCAGAUUUCUGGAACAGCAAAACAAAGUCCUGGAAACAAAAUGGAAACUGCUGCAGGAACAGGGAACUAAGGGCAGCACCAAAAGGGCCAACCUAGAGCCCCUGUUUGAGAAAUACAUUGGCGACCUGAACAAAUAUUUAAGCACUCUAAUAAAUGAAAAGGACCGUUUGACUCAAGAACUGAAGAAUCUGCAAGUUCUUGUAGAGGAUUAUAAGAAAAAAUAUGAGGACGAAAUUACCAAGCGUACAAAAGCAGAAAACGAUUUUGUGUUACUUAAGAAGGAUGUUGAUACUGUCUACAUGGCUAAAACAGAACUUGAGGCCAAGGUGGAUGCAGUGACAAGUGAAAUCAACUUCUUAAGAACUCUUUAUGCUGCGGAAUUGUCACAGGUACAUGAUACCGUCACCGACACCUCUGUUGUUCUGACUAUGGAUAACAACCGUGACUUGAACCUGGAAGGUAUCAUUAAGGAUGUUAAAGCACAAUUAGAACUAUGUGCACAAAGAAGCAAAAUGGAAGCUGAAGCAUUGUUUGAUAAUAAGUACAAGGAGCUGCAGAAAACAGCUGAAGGACAUGGGGACAGCAUAAAGAAUUCCAAAUCUGAAAUAGCAGAACUGAACCGUAGGAUUCAGAGGCUGAAGGCUGAAAUUGAAAAUAUCAAGAAGCAGAUUGCAGGUCUGAAUCAAUCCAUUGCUGGAGCUGAAGAAAAGGGCAACCUUGCUCUCAAGGAUGCAGAAAAGAAACUUCAGGAUCUUGAAGCUGCUGAAAAGAAACUUAAGGAGGACAUGGCUCGUCAGCUUAAAGAGUACCAAGAACUUCUGGCUGCUAAGAUUGCACUGGAUGUUGAAAUUGGCACUUACGGACUCAUGCUGGGAGGAGAAGAGCACAGAAUGUCUGGAGAUAUUGUCAGCAACGUCAGCAUAUCUGUAAUCAGCGGAGGUGCCAGUGUAUACAGCGCUCUUGGUGCUGCAGCAGGCGGAAUGGGAGGAGGUGGAAUGGGAGGAGGCAUGGGAUCUGGCCACGGUGGUGGAUAUGGCCACGGAGGAGGCUUUGGAGCAGGCCAUGGAUCCGGCCACGGAGGAGGCUUUGGAGCAGGCCAUGGAUCCGGCCACGGAGGAGGCCACGGCAAAACCUCAGUGGCAAUUGCAUCAACAACAUCCACGUCUAAGAAAUCCUAUUAAUUUAGAGCAGCAAUAGCCAAGCAAAAAAGCCACAUAUAACUACACCUUUGCCUAACUAUUUGAACCUUGACUAGUAUGUAAUUAUUGUGUCACCCUACAUCUAUAACUGUUUUAAUUUCCAUCAUAAACACAGUGCUUCCUUAUAACACAAUCAUAUCAUGUCUUUGUAUAUUGUGUCAUAAAUUGUCACUGGAAAGAAGACAAGGAGGCCAUCAAGUUCAGAUAAAAAGUACUAAUUUGUUUGUGAAAUAAACACAACAUCAAAAAGCAAUAUAAACAACUUGAAAGCAACUUAUCACGCAGAAAUCUUAGGCACUGGUAUGGAGGUAACUGUGAAUCUCUAUACUAGAAACAAGUUGAGAAGAUCUACAGUAUAUCUACUUUUAUCCUGCUUGACUUAUCUGAGAGGAAAGGGGAUCAUGGGUGUUUGUAUAUAGUAUCUUUUUAAUGCAUUGCUGCAUUUUGAUAAACCAUUCUAGAACGUCUUUCCUAUUCUUUUUAUCUUCAAUAAACUGCAUUUGGAUCUCAA